AUGCCUUUCCUCAAACUCGCCCCGGUCGAGAGACCUGCGCGCCCAGUCCAGGUAUCCGCAGCCCCCGGUGCCGGCACCUCGACUAGUGCUCCCGGCCACGCCAAUGAUGGAUCUGGAAACCCGGGUCUCAAUCACUCCAGCACGCAAACUCCCGAGGACGAGGACAAGGACAAGGACAAGAUGGACAAGAUCAAAAUCAUCAACAACAUCACCAACAAUGGCGACACAUCCGGGUGCAAAUUCCUGAAACUGACGCCAGAGACCAACAAACCCGCCACGGUCCCUGCUCACACUGAAGCUGGCACUGGCACUGGCACUGGAACUUAG